ACCUUGCGGCGAGCACUUGAACGUUAGGUUUCACUUGUGUUACGUUGGUUUCACUUUUCACCUGGAACAAACCGGACACCAUGGAGCGGAAACUGCACAGUGGGAUGCACCACGCCACCCUGCGCCUGCUGCAGGAAUCGGGAUGCGAGAUAGCGCCGCACAAUCUGAUGUAUCCGGUGUUCAUCGUGGGCAACGACGACGAUGUUCAGCCGAUUGCCAGCAUGCCGGGAAUCUCGAGGUUCGGCCUUAAUCGCCUGCGGGAGCACCUGCAGCCCCUGGUGGCCAAGGGGUUGUCCUCGGUGCUGCUCUUUGGCGUCGUGGAACCGGAACUGAAGGACGAACAGGCCUCCAAUGCGGAUUCCUCCAAGAAUCCAGUGGUUUUGGCUCUACCAAAGCUCCGGGAAUGGUUCCCGGAUCUCCUCAUCGCCUGUGAUGUGUGCAUCUGCCCGUACUCCUCGCACGGCCACUGUGGCCUCCUGGGCGAAACGGGUCUGGAGAACGGUCCCAGCAUCAAGAGGAUAGCUGAGAUUGCCGUGGCCUAUGCCAAAGCUGGUGCUCACAUUGUGGCUCCCUCGGACAUGAUGGACAACCGGGUGAAGGCCAUCAAACAGGCCCUAAUCGAUGCCGAAAUGAACAGUGUCUCGCUGCUGGCCUACUCCGCCAAGUUCACGUCCAAUUUCUACGGACCCUUCCGGGAAGCAGCUCAAUCCGCACCGAAAUUCGGUGACCGCAGGUGCUAUCAGCUGCCCAGUGGUUCCAGGAGCUUGGCCAUGAGGGCCAUCCAGAGGGACGUCGCCGAGGGGGCAGACAUGCUGAUGGUCAAGCCGGGCAUGCCCUAUCUUGACAUCCUGCGAUCCACCAAGGAUUCCUACCCAUACCACACGCUGUACGUCUACCAGGUGUCCGGGGAGUACGCCAUGCUGUAUCAUGCGGCCAAGGCGGGAGCCUUCGAUCUCCAGGAGGCCUUGCUGGAGGCCAUGAAGGGAUUCCGACGAGCUGGAGCCGAUUGCAUCAUCACCUACUUCACGCCCUUCCUGCUGGACAUUAUCGGAAAGGUCAAAUAAGUUGACAGUUAAAAUGCAUAACCUUCGAUGUCUCAACACCAUUUUCAAGUAGAUUAGAGUGGACUUCUUUAAGCUAUAGUUUCACUUUUUUUACAGAUAGUGCAAUAUUUUAAAUGUAAUUUAUAGUAGAUUUUAAUUAUUUAAAGUAGUACAAAAAAGCUCUUCUAUUUGCAUUUAGGGACCAACACAUUUAAAGGCUAUUACUUACAUAUGAGCAUUAAACCAUUUAGUUGUCUUUUAGUCUUUAAUUUAAUAUUACCUCCAGUUUUACACGCUACAGAGGUCCACUCUAAUCUUCAAUCACCAUUACUUGUGCUUUUAGUAACAGUGCCUCGCUCCAUUCUGCGAAAAUACACACACAAACUAGAAUGUA